UGAAUUAUAAACUUAACAUUGGGCUGUGGUAACAGUCCAAUCUACUUGACCACUUCUGUCAACUUAUAACCAUAAUGUGUUUUUUUUUUUUCAAGCAAAGUUUAAAUCUGAUCAUGUCUCUUAAUUGAGUAUAUCUAAAUCAAGAUUUUGGUAAACUAUUUGGCAUUAAGAACUGACUCAAAAUAAAUGUUAAUCGCCAUAUAGGAUUCUUGUCCAUUUACUCCAUGUCUUCAUAGAAUCUUUAUUUUGGCAGUCUGUAUAUAUUUUUCAUGGAGCACGCAAGUUAAUGUUUGCAAGGCAGGUGGGUGAUGUGGCCUUUUUUAUAUUAGGAGCUGUACACGACUAUAUACUAUCAAUUACAAUAAUUAUCCAAUAUUUUUCAAAUGGUAAGUUGGGUUAUUGCAAAUUGUGUUUCUCUUGACACGGUGAAAAUAGACUCCGUUUAUUUUUAUUAACCCUGGUAUAGCACUAAAUUACCACAUGGAGGCAGUCUGUAUAUAUUUUAAGACUCAAGCAGGAAGUGCUGGUGGGAAAAGAGCCUUGCACAAUAACUAAUCAGAGUUCCUAAAGUUGCGAUUACCGUUUUGUGUCGAGUGGAUCUGUCAAAGAUUGACCAACCUAAAUCACGCUUUAAUGGGAGGUGAUUUGUAAGCUACAGCGCGGUGGACCCUUGUUUGUGCGUACAAAUACAUACUUUUUGGUCGGUACGGGAAUACGAGGAUGAUAUAGUAGCUAAACUAGCCAUAAUGUCCUGGACAGAAAUGCCCUGUGUUUUGCUUUUGGUAUCGCCGUUCUCUUAUCGUCCCCUAAUAUUGUGAUUCCGCCUAAGAACAAAACAAAUUUACACGAAGCUGUCAAUGCCGGAUGCAUUUUGCUUUGUAAAUUAGCCAACGUUUUCAGACGGUGCGUUUUUGGUAGCUCGCUAGCUUAACGAUGGCAGACAGCAUUGGGGACGAGUCGGACGUUGGUGCCCUUGGUCUGAUACCAUCUCUUGCCAGCUCUUUUCCUGUGGGACACUCGACAAAUGGCGCAACAAACUCAAGCCCCAGCUUGUCUUACCCUCCCCACACUGUUGCAACGCAGAGUGGCAUCGCCGCAGUCAAUGCAACUCCUGGCACGUUUGGAAACCCAAACCCCGGAUCCCACCUUGUCGCCCUGUCUCCCAACGCUCACGCUACAUCACCUCUCCACGGCGUUGGGCUGGGGCUCGGUAGCGUUGCUGGGGUUGCUGGAGCUGGCCUCCUGACCCAAAUGCAUGCAACCUCUUGGGACCCGACCCUAAGUACCGACUGGGACAACGAAAAGGCGUCAGUGCAGUGCAUUCUGAGAAUCAAGAGGGAUAUCAUGUCAAUCUAUAAGGAACCCCCUCCGGGAAUGUUUGUUGUUCCUGAUCCUCAAGAUAUGACUAAGAUCCACGCUCUGAUCACCGGGCCGUUUGACACACCAUAUGAAGGCGGCUUCUUCCUCUUCCUGUUUCGAUGCCCUCCCGACUACCCCAUCCAUCCACCUCGAGUCAAGCUCAUCACCACCGGCCACAACACGGUCCGGUUCAACCCCAACUUCUACCGAAAUGGCAAAGUCUGUCUCAGUAUCCUGGGGACAUGGACAGGCCCCGCUUGGAGCCCAGCCCAGAGUAUUUCGUCCGUCCUCAUCUCCAUUCAGUCUCUGAUGACGGAGAACCCCUACCACAACGAGCCUGGCUUUGAACAGGAGCGACACCCAGGAGACCGUAAGAACUACAACGAGUGUAUCCGACAUGAGAACAUGAGGGUGGCCGUCUGUGAUAUGCUAGAUGGAAAAAUACCUUGUCCAGAAGCUCUGUGGGGUGUGAUGGAGAAGUCUUUCCUGGAGUACUAUGACUUCUAUGAAGGAGUCUGCAAGGAGAGACUCCACCUACAGGGGCAAAACAUGCAGGACCCGUUCGGAGAGAAGCGCGGGCGGUUCGACUACCAGGGCCUGCUCACUCGCCUCGGCGCCACACACCUCAGGAUCCGCGAGAAGACCCCUGCGGAGGAUGAGCACAACGGGGACUCAGACUCAAACAGCAGCUCCUCCGAGACGGACCCCGACAGCCAGGGCAGCUCUCAGCCUUGACCGACCAGUGGAAAACAAAAUGUCCGCCAACGUUUUCGGGUACAUCAAAAAACGGGAGCCAUGGAAAUGCAAGAUCAGCUAAGCACACCAUCAGCGUGAUGUGAUGGCGCAAAGAGCAUGGUCUGUUAGAGAUUGACUAUUGUUGGAAAAUGGUAUCAGCUGCUAGCUAAUUGCUGUUAAAUUCUAUGUUCAUCUGGUAAGUUGUAAUUCUCUACCAGUAACGUUGACGGGUACCCUCUCCCCUUUCGAUUUUGCAGGUACACUAUUGUAUUCUGGAAUAAAACUCUGUUCAAAAGGUGCAGGGUUGUUCAAUGAUAUCUCUAGUAGGCUUGGUUGGUAUUAGGUAUACCAGGGUAUUUAGAAGAACUACGAUCUUAAAUACCGUUAAAGAAAUUCAAACCCUUCUUUUUUCCGACAUCUUAUGAAUAUAUUUUUUAUUGAGUUGUGUAUUUUGGCAACAUGGAUAUAUAAUGAAAUAGUUAAAAAAUAAAGUCUUUGCAGUUGGGUAAUUCCUCGCAUUUCACACGUUUUUCAAUAAUGACCUUCCCAGCUGGUACGUCCUGACAUCAAAACUAAAAGAUACAUUUAUAGCUGUGGUGUUGUAUUACAACAAUCACACAUCUCAAGUUUGAAAGUAUAUAAUUUUUAAGUUGAAAGAUAUUGGAUAUUCAACAGAUGUUGACGCUCCGAAUUACAGGGAUCCGGAUCAGGGAUCUAAAGAGGCGAUCACCGGUAGCAGUCCUUUGUUUCUAGCGCUGUAUAUUUGCCCAGGAGAUUGGGCGGGCAGCAGCGCUACUCUUUAGAGCCAUCAUUUGGUCAAUAUUCUACACAGGAGGCGAGUUGCAAAGUACCCUGCCCUAAACGAUAGCCUAACUAAAAUAACCCAGCUACGUCUCACUGUUUUAGAAGUCUCUCCCGCUGCUCAGCAAAAAAAGGUUAAAAAAACUUGCCGGUGGUGCUCCGUUGUGGGUGUAAAGCACAUGGACUGUAUAUAAUACAGGUUAAACUUACUCUCCAUAUGUGUACAUCGGUGGAAUCCAUCGCUCACUUUUAAAAGAAAGAUGAGUGCACUAGUAGGUCCUCCUUGUUGAGAUUUGAACCGAAUCUAUGCAAGAAGGGCUCAUACGUCCUAUCUAUUCAUUAUUCAAUAGGCCAUACGUAUAUUAAACAGAGCAGGACUUGUCGAAGUUGACAAGUUUCAUAUUAGACACACAGCAUUGUAGCUAGACAGUGUCAUACUUGCUACAAUGACUUCUAUCACCAGCAGCUCAUCUUUAGUUUUUUUAUUCUAUUUAUUUUUAAACAAAUAACAUAUACCGUGUGCCCCGUUGAAAUUACAGGUAGUUGGGGAAAAAUAAUAAUGCCUCCCAAGCCUAAUUACUUGCUACAGUGAUUGUUCCCCAAUCAAUAGUUUUCUUUACUUGGCCCAUUCAGCAAAAGAUUGGACCUAAUAGGUUACGGUAAUACCGUGUUCUUUCCUUUUCUUUUUUUCUCCCAAAACCUGAACACUUGUGAUUGUGUAAUAUAAUCUGCUGCUCAUCCCAUGGGUUGUAUUCUUGUUGUUAAAAGGCCUGUGUGCAAGUUUAAUAUGUCCUAUGCAGUGAUGAGGGACAGUGGGAAACUGUGGCAGGAGGUUGACGGCUAUAAUAUCAUCAGGGAAGAUGCAUUUGCGUAAUGCAGAGAAUGUAGAAACUAUUGUUCUUGGCCUUCCCAAACAAGACUUCCGCCUCCUCUGUUGAGUGUUCAGCCCUGGUCUGGAAUAAUGCCACCCUACCUACAUUGUUUGACAUAUCUGGCACGUUCAAUUCUAACUCGCGGGCCGGGCUCAAAAGAAAAACUGUUGGUGUAUCGAAAUACUUUAACCUGCGUCAUAUUGAAAAUGUCCCAAUGUGAAUGAUUACAGUUUUUCUCAGUCGCUUUGGUACAUUUCUCAGAUCAGAAUUGAAAUUUGCAGAACAGUAAGUGCAUUUCUCAAAACAAUUCGUACUAUUAGCAAAACACCAUGGAUUUCAUGCAAAAGCAAGUCUCAAAAGUAAAUAUCUGUGUCAAUAAACAUGUCAGUGCCAUCAAAAUGACAAGUCCUUGUGUUAUUCUGUAUGGAUAAGACAGUCAUAUUGCUUAGUCAUGUUGUCAAUAUAACAGUGUACUCUGGAGGGAUGUUCUGAUGUAAACCAUGGCUAAAGUUUUGAAGACAAUUAUUGUAAAGUGUAAGUUACACCUUAUGUGGGAGAUUGAUUUCAAGAGACUGGACAAGAUUCACAUUUACGCUUUCAAUUUACCAAUUCAGGACAGAUUUAGAAAAAAAGUCUAAUGGAAAUGUAUAGAAAUAUGCUUGACAUAUUAUGACAACUUGUUCAACCAUUUUGCAUGUAAAGACUAGACUGAGACUAUUUAAUAGAGACCCAUUACAAUACAUUUUGAUCAAAAUGACAUAAGCAAUUGAUAAUGUAGGAAAGAGCAGAGAAUUGUACAUAAUCAUUUGCAUGAAUGUACCAAAGCAUUUUUGCAACUUGUUCAAAGAAAUGAGAAACUGCUUUUUUGAUGUGCACAAAUGAUGUGAAGAUUGAACAGGUCGUUUUGAGAAUUUCAAUUCUGAUCUGAGAAAUGUACCAAAGCGACUGAGAAAAACUGUAUUAUCUUUGAGACAUGGGUUUAAAAAAUAAUGAUACAAUAAAAUGACGGACUGAAGCACCACCUAGUGGUCACCUAGCUUGAAAAUGACAACCAUGCCUGUUGGAAAGAUGACCUCUGCUGCCCUAUACUGCAGCCCAGCCAGCACCAAAGAGGGAUAUUGUUGCCACAAAAUAAAAAAUCAAUAACUCUUGGAAGCUCCCUCCUACGCUUGUUCUACUUGUUUUUACCGAAAUAAAUCACUCAGUAGAAUGGCUGGUCAAUUAUGCUGUCUUCCUGCCAUUUUCUGUUGAGUGUGACUUCAGAACAGAUGAACUAUGGAUAAGUGAUUGGAUUUGUGUUCAUAUUCUUUUAGAAAAAAUUGGCUUGUAGGGAAUAAAAUGUUAUGGAUUAGCUUCAGAUAUAUUUUCUAAAGCUGAAAAUAUUCAAAUUACACUCAAUGAAACUAGUCAAUAAUGAUAAUAUAUAUCUGAUUGCCUUGGGUUGCUGAUGUUAUCAACUACAACUGUGCCCCAACUACAGCUGUGUAAGAAAUUAAAACAUUUGUCUCAACCACAGCAACCUGGGCAUGGG